ACUGCGGUCGACCGAUAGUCCGGUUCUCCGAUUACCAAGGCGGCCAUUAGCUAUGGACAUGGCAGUAUGGCACAUGGUUAUGGACAUUGGCUUGGGGUUUCAGUUUUUGAACUUUGGAACGGUUUGGAAAUUGAAAUUGAGAAAAAAUUCUCGUCCCCUUUGCUCUAUUUCGGUGUUUCCAGUUGUUUAGUGCUAUUUGAAAUCCAGAAAAAAACAGAAGAAUCAUGAAUUCUUCAUCAAAAAUUGAUAGAAAAUGCAUAGCUGAAGCUGUUUUGCCAUCGCAGGAGACAUUAUUAGAUUUUUCUGCUGGGUAUGUGUUACCUGCUGAAAUUUCUCUACCUUCUAUUAAGCUCGACAAAAUUGGAAAUAUCAACAUACCUGUAUCCCUCCUGAAUGCUAAAAGAUUAAAGGCUUUUUCUGAAAAACAGCUCAAUGCAGAUGCCUCGCCAACCCUAUUCCCUUCCUCACAGAAACACACUUUUGAAAUAUGUUCUGAUAAAAUCCAUUCAACACUAGAGAACAUAGACAUGAGUUCUCUAGUCAUCAAGAUGUUAGGAUUACCUGUUACUAAAACAAUGGAUUUCAAAGCGAAGCUUGAUAAGCUGAUGCUGUUUGAGGUAGAUGGGCAGUACACUCAUACCUUUGAUUCAGACAAAGAAUUCGGAACAUUCGGUACGGCGAUUCUUCAGUUACCCGUAAUAGGCGGCCAUGACGGUGGAAACUUCUAUGUGAAAUAUAAUGGAAGGCAAGCCAGUUACGAAGAUCAGGUUGAUUGCCAUAAGCGCUUCUCCUUGUGUUCAUUUUACAACAGCUGCGAGUAUGUUAUGAAUCCCGUUACGCGAGGCUGGAAGUUGACGCUCGUCUUCAACCUGGUGUGGACCAAUUCCAGCAUUGUGAUCCCAGCCGAUUUUCUAGUUUUUCUCAACUCACAGAAGAAAUUAGAAUUAGCACUCCUGCCUUGGAGUCCUCAGCGAAAUGAAGAUGACUAUUCCACCGAAGUUCAACAAUGCCCAUUGCUGAGAGAUAACAUCAAAAUCCCCGUGAUUACUUGGAUCGACGAGAAAAAAGUUGCGUGCUCUACAGACCAACCAUUUGGAAUUGCGUUAAAUGAUUCUGCUGAUAACGACGUUUGCUCGUUGAUUAAGAAAAAAUUAGACACGGAUAUUGAGGAUUCUGAAGACUUUGAGGAUUCUGAAGACUUUGAGGAUUCUGAAGAUUGUGGAGAUUAUGAAAACUCUGGGGAUUCUGAAAACGAAUACUCCUGGGGAGAUGAAAAACAUUUCAAUUGCGAUGUUAACAACCCAACAAUGGUGAAGUGUGAAGAAGAUGUUUUGUUUUUUGUUCUUGAUGAAAAGUAUUUCGAGAAUAGACUCAUGUUUCAUCAUCUUCGAGGAAGUGAUCGAAUUCUGGCUGACCUUCUCCGACGCUGCCCUCUUAUCGACGUGCAUCUGGCGAAAGUCACGCAUACGAAUACAAGGUAUAGAAAAUCGUAUCGUCCCUGUAAUUCCGAAGAAACGUCGUCAACAAAAAUUUCGAGUUGGAUAGAUUCGAACAGUGCUGUCAAAGAUCUCAAUAUCGACGAGCUUAACUGGAACGAGGAAUGCGUUGGGCCCAUUCGAAACUUGCUGGAACCAUGUAGCAUUCAACCAGACAAGGAGAACAAAUUCAAGAGAAAAAAUUACGACCAAUGCAAUUGUCGGAAUAGAUGCCUCGGCAGUUGUUGGGGACAGCUAAUUAGAAUUCGUCAGAGGAUUUACUUUCAUGCAAUACUGGUUAUAUGGCCUAAACAUCAAUCCAUCGGAAUGUAUUGUCGGUAUGGACUCGGUAUGUUUUUGGACUUACUUGAAAGUUCUUUGACUUCCGCUCUUGGAUGGCAGACGCUCACUCAUCAACAGCUCGCACAAGAUUUAAAUAAUGCAGUUGCAUAUUGCUGCAACUAUCCCGAAAGAAUCUGGACCCAGUCAACAUUCACUAACGGUGAGCUAACGCUGAGAUUGCUACGUCUCUGCAACGCCUUGCGUGCGCUGAAAGAAGGUUUCAUGAUAUUGAAGAUGCUUUGGACCGAAUUCGACACCACAGCGAAGCAAAAAACCUUGAAAACUUUUGAAGGCAUUCAGAAUGAACAAGUAGCUCAAGAAGUUGUCAAACUCAUGUGUCAAAGCAAUGGUCGGGGCGAUUGCAUUGAUCUUUUAAAAGGAUUGAUUACUACUCAUCGCAUUAUCAACCAAUUCGUACCGAUCAUCAAAAUGAUUCAGUACUUUCUUGGCGUCAAAUGCGUGAAAGGAGCUAUGCUGGUUGGAGAUUGUGUAGCGUCGUCGUUGGCCAACAUUGACCAAAAAGGAGCUGCCGUUCUCAAACAGUCGGAUGUAGCCUUGUACGUGGAUGCAAUCGUUUCUUUGGAAGCCUACCCGGAAUCCUCCAGUCAAGAAAGACUAGCAUCGUUGGUCUCUCUCUUCUCCAAGCUUCCCUCGACCUCACAAUGCAGUUUGGUACUGGAAUUAGGUGCUCAGGGUAACUCGCGCUUCAUGGGCGCAUUCAUGGGCACCUGCCAGUUUAUUUUCCUGAAAAUUUGCGAGACUUUCUUAUCCUGCGAGUUACUUGUUCCCUCCUCUCCAGACGCUCUUGGGUUGCUGAAAUGUUUUAUUCGACUUGGAAAUCCGAAAUGGCUCGAGUCUUUGCUUUACAAAAUGAUAAAUGUUCCAAAUCAAGAAGGAACGAUUGCAUUGUUGAAGCAAUUGCUUUCGUAUCGAUCUCUAUGGAAACUUGCCACAACAUCGGAAUUAGGAAAAACGGCUCUAACAUCCAUUUUAAAUCGAUACUCCACCCUGUUACUCAACACAUUGUCAGCCAUUGAAAAGAAGGUCCAGCCACCCUCAAACUUUAAGUGGAACAAGAACGGCAGUUUGCUACUGUCUAGCGUGACUGAGUACAUACAGUUUGUGAUAAAAGUGAAACGGAACCCUAAACUAGCAGAUCUCCAACCAAUCCCCUCCAUCUCUUUAUUGUUGUGUCAAAUGAACUUUGACCAAAUGUUGUACAUCCUUGAUGACUUCCACACAUCCAGCAGCAAACGUUUGAAUACGUACCCUUGCUAUUUCGACAUGGUGCGUGAAAUCUGCAAGGCUUUAGUGUCUGCAAUGAAGAAAUCCAACGUAAUGCAACACAGAAAUGCAGUUUCGAAAAUGGUCAGGCGCUUCCUUAAUUUUCUCGAUAAGUCGUUGUCGCAAUCGCUGCUCAAGGAAGUGUGUGUAAUUGAAGCCGCUGGAUGUUGGUCCCUCAAUUUUAAAUACGGAUUUUUCCUUGAUGUCAUCUCUUCAACUGAAGUUUGGGGUAAACUGGAUUCUGAUACCAAAUUGGCAAUUUUGAACACCUGUGCUAGCCUCAUCGAGUCAUGGAUAACUGAAGAAUGCAACAGAUUGGAUCAAUACUCCUGGGAUGAGAAAACCCAAGAAGGAGAAUUCUCCAGUUGCGCUCAUUUUUUUAUCUUGAUUGAAGAGCAUCGGUUUGAUCCCAAACAAAAGAAUAUUAUUGGAUCCUUUCAACCGUAUUUGAAAAAAAUGCCACGCCUUCAUCUACGGAGUUUAAUGCUCGACCUUCACAAGUUGAUAGUCACUAGGAAACCUAGCGUAAAGAAAUCACCAUCUUGCUUCGUAUUCGUAUUGUUUAUCGCGGUGUGCCGAAAUUUUUUCAGUCGCCCUUUUUUGUUGGACUACGUUUCAAAAGAAGAUGGAGACAAAAUGAUUAAUUGCUUGUUGUUCAUCGACGACGCUCGUUCUUGGGAAAGAUUUGCAGACGAAAUUUGUUCCUUCCGAGUUAUUACAGACGAUAACCAACCCUUUCAGCGGACAUUGUUGAAUAUCAACAUCCAAGAAAUCACGAAGUCGCCUCAUGCUUCUGCUGCUAUUAUACGCAUCGCGGAAAAUUGGGUGUUCAAAUGGAAAUCAGUAGCAGAACCGCCCUUCACCUGGAGUAUGCCGAAAGCUGUAAUACCCAACCUUCCUCAAGUACAAGAAUUUCUUCGUUCCUCCGAAAAACAAUUGAUCUACCCAAUAGAAAAAAGGAGACAUUUCCUUAGUUUUAAAGAGGAACUAAAUGAAAAUAAUCAUUUAAUGAGAUUCAGUGUUUCAGUGUCUGAUUGGAACAAAGCUGAUGGUCCGAACAAAGGGUAUUGUGUUAUUGAAAAAACAAGAGAAUACCAUGACAGUGUGGAACCUUUUCGAAGAUUGACAUCAGAAAUGGGAGAUGUGCAGAAGUUCCGUCAGAGUCUCAGCCAGAACCUUGCGGCACCCAAGCCCACAGGGAAAAGGCAAUUGGAAUUGGGUUCCUCGUCGUCGACGUCGGAUGAGGUCCUCAUUCUCUCUCCUCCUAAACGCAGUAAGCCCAACAUUCCAGUACUCGAUCUCACCAUUUGAUUUAUUUGGUUUGAUUUCAUGUUUCAUUUUUAAGUUACUUCUACUUUUAUUGGCUUCAUAACCGUUACUUUUUAUGUGUUGCUAUCUCUUAAGUCUUCAAGUCUUGAUCUGAAAGGCAACGUCAUUUGUCAACCAAGUUUUUUCUUUCCGUGUCCAACAUAUUAUUUAGAUAAUAUGCCUUAGAAAUUUCAACUCUUUGUCUUUUAGUUACUGUUUACUUUGUGUGCUGGAGUAUACUCUGAAUAACUGCGGAUGUUGCUGUUUCACGCGCCAUUUUCACGGUUUCUCGUUUCUUUUCAAUAGAAAUUCUUGAAU